CAAUGGAACUUUCAUUCAAAAAAAUUUGUACAGUUUGUGGUGAUAAAGCAUUAGGUUAUAAUUUUAAUGCUUUAACAUGUGAAUCAUGUAAGGCAUUUUUUCGUCGAAAUGCCUUACGUAAUAAGAAUUUUCGAUGUUCAUCUUCUGCUGCAGGCAACAACAAUCAUUAUUGUUUAUUAACACCCGAUACAAGAAAAUAUUGUCGAUAUUGUCGAUUGAAAAAAUGUUUCGAAAUUGGAAUGAGAAAAGAUUGGAUUCUAACCAAACAGAAUAAAAAGCUGAAUAAUCAUAGAAAAUAUCGUCAUCAUCAACAACGAUAUGAUGAUAAUAUUCAUCCGGAUAGUUCGGCUGAACAACAACAACAAAAACAAUCAUCAAAAACAAACAUAAUUUUGGUACCAAUUUCGGUGGAAUCAAUG